AUGCGCUGUUGUGGCAUCCUCGCCACUGCCACCCGCCCAAUAGAGCAGCUGAGCUGUCCGGUGGGGGACAGAGGAGUCGCUGCAGGCCGCCUGGAUGCAGAGGAAUGGCCGCUGACCACAAGGGAAGGAGGGGCUCGCGCCAGCCUCCUGGAGCGCCGGUUGGGUCAGAGCAGCUGUGAGAAUGAUGAGUAUUUAUGUGGAAACGGUAAGUGUGUUCCACGUUCUUGGCGCUGUAAUGGAUUGGAUGAGUGUGGAGACAAAACUGACGAAAGAAGCUGUGCCCCCCCACCCACAACUGCCCAAGCAAGUCUGUGUCCACCAGGAACCUUGCAGUGCUCGGAUAUCCAGUCCACCCGCUGCCUGCCGGUGUUUCUGCAAUGUGAUGGAGCCCGGGACUGCCCCGACGGAUCAGAUGAGGCUCACUGCCCAGACACUUCCUGCGGAAAACACUUUGUCAACUUCUAUGGAACAUUUGCAUCACCUGACUUUUUCCGUCCAAACAGGAGCGGGGGCACAGAUCUUCACUGCACAUGGUUCCUAGACACACAAGAUCCAAAGCCGUUGGUGUUGCAGGUUGACCUACAGCUGGGUGUGGGAGACUCUGUUCGAGUUUACGAUGGUCAAGGAGAGCAUGCAGAACGUCUUCUGCAGAGUCUCUCUCACCAUAACAACCACAGACGAGCCAUGCUGGAGUCUUCCCAGGGACAGAUGAGCGUAUUCUACCAUGCUAAACCACACAGCCCUGGACACGGCUUCAAUGCCACCUACCAGGUUAAGGGAUAUUGCUUUCCAGGUGAGCAUCCCUGUGGCACAGAUGAGGGUUGUUACUCUGACCUCCAGCAUUGUGAUGGCUACUGGCACUGUCCUGGGGGACGUGAUGAGGAGGACUGCCCUCUGUGCCAACCGGGUGAGUAUCCCUGCGAGGGUGGCAGUGGGGUGUGUUACCCGGCCUCUGAAAGGUGUAACAACCAGAAGAAGUGCCCAGAAGGCUCCGAUGAGAAGAACUGCUUCGACUGUCAGCCAGGAAACUUCCACUGUGGAACCAACCUGUGCAUCUUUGAGACGUGGCGGUGCGAUGGGCAGGAGGACUGUCUCGAUGGCAGUGAUGAAAGAGACUGUCUGGCCUCUGUACCCAGGAAAGUGAUCACAGCAGCUCUGAUUGGAAGCUUGGUCUGUGGCCUGCUGCUGGUCAUUGCACUGGGAUGUGCCUUUAAACUCUACUCGCUCAGGACAAGAGAGUACAGAGCCUUUGAAACCCAGAUGACUCGACUAGAGGCAGAGUUUGUUCAGAGAGAGGCUCCACCCUCUUACGGUCAACUGAUAGCGCAAGGACUCAUACCUCCAGUCGAUGACUUCCCAGCAUACACACCCACACAGGCAUCUGUUCUGCAGAAUCUCCGUUCAGCUAUGCGGAGACAGAUUCGCCGUCACUCGACUCGUCGUUCAUCAUCACGUCGGCGACUUGGAUGCCUCUGGAGCCGUCUGUUCCAUCGUGGUUCUCGGUUACGUGGUCAGAUCCCUCUCCUCACACCUCCUGGCCAUACACACACAAACACACACACUGUUCUGGGCCUUCACAUCUACAACACAACGGAUGGUGGUGCGGAAGAUGCGCUGGAGGGUGUGGGGCAGACUACUUCCCCUUGUUCCACAGCAGCGCUGGGCUUAGCCAUGCAGGCUCACACUGAGGCCCUCUACUUAACUGACAGAGAGUCUCCUCCCUCUCCGCUCUCUUCCCCUUCCCCUGCCUCGUCCUGCUCCACCUCUGACACCCUGGAGGAUGAAGAUGUUGAAGAUGAUGAUGAUGACGGAAGUUCAGAACUGUCUGGGACGAGAAUGAGAUCCAAAUGCAGCUCUCAAGGCCCUUCUCCUAAACAUAAAGAAAUAGAUAGUCCACCUGAAAUUCCGGAUGUCCCUAAACACAGCUCAAUCAGGUCCAGAGCCUCCAGAAGGCUGGUGCAGGACCUGGCAUCGGAGCUCAGAGGAGUCUCCCUCUUACGCUACACCUCUGUGGGUAUCUCACCUCUUUCUUCUCCAGAGUCACCAACAUACUCCAGUGGUCAUUCUGAGGAGCAGAGAAGCCUUUCUACACCCAGACAUCUGCAGACAGGUACACACACAGACUCGAGUCCCAGACACACCGCCAUAGGGGACACCAGGAAGUCAUCGGGAACAGAAGAUACACCCGGUGAAUGUGUCAGGCUUUGCAGACUCACAAGUAGCGAGGAAGAGGAUGAUGAGACUCUGUUUGUGCACUGAGAAGCCUUUAUUUCCCUCCCUGUUUUGAUUUUGUGCCAUCACACCGGGCCUUACCAGGUUCAAUGAACAGUCUUCCAUCCAGAGUUUCAAAACUUUUAGUUGCAGAAUACUGUAUUUGAUUCUUAUGGUCUGUCUCAGUAGUGUUCCUCUGCUGAGGUACAUGUUUGCUGUCAUAUUUGAAAAGAUAAUCUCAUAGUUCAGCUCUUGAAUUCAGUAAUAAAUUAUGAUCAAAUACCUUAAAGGAAUAGUUCACCCAAAAAUGAAAAUUCUCGCAUCAUUUACUCACCCUCAUGUCAUUCCAGAUGUGUAUGACUUUCUUUCUUUUGCAGAACACAAAUAUGAUUUUUAGAAGAAUAUUCCUUCUCUGUAGCUCCUUACAAUGCAAUUGAAUGGGUGCCAAAAUCUUGACGCUCCAAAAAGCACAUAAAGGUAGUCAAUAAGACUACAGUGUUUUAAACCAUAUUUUCUGAAGGGAUAUGAUAGAUGUGGGUAAGAAACAGAUAAAUAUUUAACUCUUUUUGCUUGAAAUUCUUCUCACUGCCCAUUAGGUGGCAACAUGCAUGAAGAAUGUGAAUAUCCAAAAGUACAAGAAGAAGAAUGUGAAAGUGAUCUACCUGUUUCUCACCCAGACCUUUCAUAUUGCUUCUGAAGAUAUUGUUUUAACUACUGGAGAUUGAUGGAUUCAAAAACUUGAUUACCAUUCACUUGCAUUGUAUGGACCUACAGAGCUGAAAGAUUCUUAUAAAACCCUUCGUUUGAGUUCAGCAGAUGAAAGAAAGUCAUACACAUCUGGGAUGGCAUUAGGGUGAGUAAAUGAUGAGAGAAUUACAUUUUUUGGGUGAACUAUCCCUUUAAUGAGUGCGGCUAUAAUGAUCAUGUAUGUUGUACAAGGACUGAGCAUAAAUACUUUUCCAUGUGGAAUAUUAUUAUAACAGAGAACACGUGUCUCUGCCUCAUUUUCUUAUGGAUAUAGAUUAACAGAGCUCUCCUCUCACCUCCUCAACGCCUUAUAAGAGAUUCGCCAUGUCGCCUAUUGAGUGUUAUUCUUUUAAUUUGUAUCAGAACACUUUUCAUAAUCAACCAGUUUUCUCAGAAUAACAGUAUGUUACACACUCGGACUGUGAAUGUUUGAAUGUUGGUUGGUUAACUUGGUUACUCUGUACAUCAUCGACAUUAUUGGACUUUAAGGCCUCUUAAAAAAUAUAAGUUUUUUACCCUGUGAAAAAUUACUGCUGGAGCUGUUUACUUAUUCAUGAUUUUUGGCAGUUUGGUUCCAGAAUAUUAUAUCAUGACAGGUCCACCAUAGACAUGAAUCAAUUUUAAGCUUUUUCGCCAUGCGAAAGACAGUCUUUUCUUAAGGGAAGUAGAACUCAGGGAAUGUAUAAGGGUUUAUGAGAGAGAACCAGUUAACUUGGACUUGCUUGUUAACAACCAUAGUAUAGCUGUGAAGACAUCACGAUUUUCUUAAGUUACAAUAUAGUGUGGAAAUGACUAAAUAUCUCAUGUGUGUUUGAGUUGUUACUGUGUCAUUAUCAAAAUGUAAGAGUUGAUGUCUUUGGUUUUCAUAUCAGCUGUUACUUUUAUAAUUUCAUUUAAAUGAAUGUUUCUGGGCUUGUUUGCCAUUAAGAUUAUUUUGCUCACAUUUCCAUGAAUAUGUGUGUCUAAUGUGUUUUGUAAUAUACAAUGUAAUGUGCCACAUAAUUCAUACUUGUUGCUUUAGGACAUUCUUUUCUGGUCCUGUCUUGGAAAUCAGUACCAGUACAACUUAAAAGCUUUCAUGUCAAUCUGCCUGCUGGCCGAGUGUCUCCAUCCACCAUUCUCAGAAUGCAGGAUCUCUUUCUGAUCGCAUAUGUUCAAGAAUGUGCCAUUUCAGUGAUGUACAGAGUUUAUUGAAUUGCAGGAGGUGUUUAAUACAAUUUUAUUCAAUUUGCUAUUUAUAGAGAAAUCAUGCACUUUCUUUCCUUUCAUGUUUUUGACAGUAGGCUCAAUUGAAAUACCUAAAGAUAAACUUACAGCAAAGUAUGAGUUACUUACAGCAUCCGUUCAAAUAGUCUGUUUAUGAGAUAUUUUAUUUUUAUUUUAAUAUCUUCCCUGCUGGAAAGACCAGGUUAACCAGCAUGCAAUUCCCAUGCUGGUCUCAACUGGUUUAUGUCAAGUCAACCUUUAUUUAUAGAGCACAUUUAAAAAUAAUAGAAGUUGACCCUAAGUGCUUUGCAGAUCAA